AUGGCAAUUUCCAAAGAAGUGAAAGAAAUAAAGGUAUCAGUUACACAAGAACACAUCUUAAAGCAGUCUCUAAGGGUAGGAAAGAAAAAAUUGCACCGAAGACAUGUAGCUCCGGUAAUAAUAUGGGACUUUGGGGGUCAAGAUAUAUUUUACUCCACGCACCAAAGUUUCCUGUCCUAUCGAGCUAUAUAUUUGAUUGUACUGGAUGGUAGUAGGACCCUUGAUGACCCUUGUCAAUUUGAUCAAUAUCUGCCAGGAAGAAGUGGACGGAAAACAGCGAGAGAUUACCUGCGGUUCUGGAUAAAUACAAUUGUGACAUACUGCAAGGGCAGCAAGCAUGGAUUUCCCAAGAUUAUGAUCGUUUUUACUCAUAAAGACAAGAUUAAACAUAGUGAAGUUGAAACAACGAGAAGACAACUAUUCGAAGAUGUAAAUAGCAUGUUUCAGGGAUCCCCUCUGAUGUCACAUUUGGUUAUUGAAGACAGAAUCUUCGUAAAUGCUAAAAACAAAAAUGACCCAGAAAUGGCAAAGAUCAAAACAAGUAUUAUACGAGAGUCCAAGCUCCAACCAACAUGGGGGCAGAACUUACCAAAAUGCUUUAUCCCUCUAGAAUUAGAAUUCGAAAAUCUUAUCCGAAAUGAUAUAAAUGUAAUAACAUUUGACGAUUUGAGAAAGAUUAACACUCAGCAUCCUAUAAGACCAUUGACAGAUGCUGAACUCAAGGUUUUCCUGAAAUUCAAUCAUGCUAUUGGCAAAAUUCUAUACUUUGAUGAACCUGGGUUGGAUCAACAUGUUACACUUUUGCCAACGUAUCUCAUUGAUGCUUUUAAAUCAAUAAUCACCGAUAAAAGUUUCUGUAAAGGCGAAAAAUUAAAAGAGGAUUUGUGGAAUCUGAUGAGCCAGAAAGGAGUCAUCUCCAAAUUUGCAAUAGAAGAACUUUGGAGAAAAAGGAAAUAUCGCAUGUUUGAAAAACGCAAGGACUACUUAUUAGCAGUGAUGACUCACCUUGAUAUACUAGUCGAACCAAAGAGAUAUGAUCCUAAUCACAAUCGAAUACCGGCUGACUUUUACUAUGUAGCAAGCAUGGUCCAGGCUAAAGAUGAUACUGGGUACCUUCAGUCUCCAUCCUUCAGUGAAAGAAACAUUGCAAUAUCAUUCAAUUCAAAUGCUGCAAUAAUACCUCCGGCUUUAUCAUUCAGGUUUAUCACUUACUGCCUCAGUAUUUUUGAUGUGAAGAAAUACGGCGAGACAAACGAUGACAUGCUUUUCCAUAGAUCUGCAGUAUUUACGAUUGAUCCGUCAUUAGAUAUCCAUAUUCUAUGCGAGGAUGAAAGGAUUUUUGUCCGUCUUGUUCAUGCUAGAAAGAAAAUUCUUAUAAUGAAAGACCUGGUUUCAAGUAUCUGUGAAUGUUUGAAAUCUGCCAUUCAGAACAUCAGCCAUCUUUAUAUUCAAACCAGCAGUGAGAAGUGUGAUGUUAACGCAAGGUCUUUUCAACUGAACAUUUGCUGCAGUGCUGUUGAAGAUCCAUGUGUGCUAUCCAUUGAGGAAUUAAACAACAUCGAUGAGAGUUGGAUAUGUCCAAAACAUGGAAUAGAACACGAACAGUUUGUGCUGUCUCGUUGGAUAACAGAAAAGGUAAUUAAAUAUUUCUAUUAA